AGAGACGAGGCGUGCACAUCUGGCUCCGGUGGGGUCGCAGAGUUGCAGGGGAGGGACUUCUUCAGCGUGUGUGUGCGUGUAUAUAUAUAUAUAUGUGUGUGUGUGCGCGCGCGCGUGUGUGUGUGUGUGCGCGCGUGCUGUGUAAUUCGCAGCAGAUGACCACUUGGGGGGAUGGAGGAUGCAUUCGGGUGGUGAGCAGCACCAGAGCACGUUGGACUAAUGAAAUUGCUUUUUUUUUUUUUUUUUUUUUUUUUUGACGCGUGCGGAGCAAAUGCUCCUGAGUUGUGCGCCGCUUUUCGGAUCACGGCGUGAGUCAUGGAGGGGUCGCUCCGCAGCAUGACAGAGGAGCGGGGCGCCUACACCUGAACAGCGAACGUGGAAAUGGAUACCAGCGGCUCCUCCUUGGUGGGAAUAUGCCUUUUCCUGCUGUCGCUCGGUGGGUUUUCAUCUUCCUCCCCGGUGUUGGAUUUUUGUCCCGAGCGCUGCGACUGCGUGCAUGCGCUGCACCUACUGUGCGCCAACCGCGGCUUGCGCGCUGUGCCCAGAGCAGCCGCGCGGGUGUCAGUUGAUGCGCUGAUCUUGAGCCUUGGGGGCAACUUCAUCACGAACAUCUCCGCGUCAGAUUUCGCACGGUACUGUAAGCUCGUAAGGCUGAAUUUGCAGUAUAAUCAAAUAGCAGCCAUUCACCCACAAGCAUUCGAGAAGCUGUCCAGGCUAGAGGAGCUUUACUUGGGGCAUAAUCUUCUAACAGCUUUACCUGCUGGAAGUUUACAAUCUUUGAAUAAACUGUCUACUUUCUAUGGGAAUGACAACGCCAUUAAGAAAGUCCUACCGGAGAACUUCUUGAACUUGGAUAAUCUUGUAAAACUGCGCCUGGAUGGUAACUCAUUAGAGGUUCUGCAGGACUCUGUUUUCACAAAUUUGGCCAACCUUCAGUACCUUCACCUGGAGCACAACAAACUGCAUCACAUCCACAGAAACGCUUUCUUGAAACUGACCAACCUGCGCUUUCUUAACCUGGCCCACAACAAGCUGUCGGCCCUCACUAAUGUUCUGAGUUUCUCUCACCUCAGAUCUCUGACCGUUUUGUUGCUGUCUGAAAAUGAAAUUCGGCACAUCGGAAACCAUGUCUUCCAAAACCUGAAGAAGCUGUCCAAGCUUUCCCUCAGUAACAACAGGAUUUCUGGCGUGGACAGAGACGGACUGAGGGGACUGUCAAGCCUCAGGGAGUUUCUGAUUGAUGGCAAUGAGCUGGAGGAAAUUAAUGCUGGAUGGCUCGACCCUUUGGAGAGGGUUGAGGUGCUGGACUUCAGUCACAACCGGCUUGUCAGUGUGGACCCCUCCGCCUUUUCCAGACUUACAUACUUAAAGGUGUUGAGGUUGAAGAACAACUUUCUCACCAGUCUGUCAGGUGACAUUUUUGCCUUCAACAGCGUUCUUCAGAACAUCGAUCUUCACGGCAACAACUGGACCUGCGACUGUCGCCUUGAGGAUUUGAAAAGAUGGAUGACUGCUGCUCAUUCUCAGCGAAAGCUUUUGUCUGUAUUUGUGCAAUGCCAUUACCCGGAAACUCUGAGGGGGAAAUAUCUGGACUAUGUGAACAGCUCCCAGCUGCAUCCCCUCGGGAACUGGAACCAUUCCUGUAAGAGUGGAUCUGGGCCUGAGGACAGUCAGGGAGGAGGCCUAAGUAAGAAACUGGAUGGGAAAGAUAGAACAAAGUUAGAUCGAGAGGGGAAAGGUGAGGAGAACUGGAUUGAGCUGGGUGACAGAAAUAAAACAGAAUUAGGAGAAAGAGACGGUUUAAGACAGCUUAACAGAGGCGGGAUAGUGACAAGGAGAGAAGGGGAGAAAAGGAAAAGAGGUGGCCAGGAAGAGGUAGAAAUCCAAGGAGACCAAGGAGGUCUGGAGGCAGCAGAACCUUCUAUCCUGAAAGGAAAGCAAACAAAGAAAGAGUCACGACCUGCUACAGAGACAGCUGGUAGACGUACCAAAGGAAGCCAAAGGUCAAAUGUUAUCCCUAAGAUUGAUCCAUUAGUCACGUCCAAACCAAGUCAUCCAACAAACACAUGGCUCACUACCAGUGAGCCUGUCCAGCCAGGAGAAAAGUUUGAUCUCCUGAGGUCAGAUCGAGACGAGGCACUGCCCGUUAUCUCAGAUCCUUGUGUGUUCAACCGACAUUUCAUCACCAAUGUUUCAGUUGAUCAGGUGACAUCUAGCACUGUCACCGUUUACUGGACAAGCAGAGAUAACCAUCGCUACUCUCCAGGACCAAAGCCAGGCCUACACGAAGUUCACUACCGGAUUCUGUUUGACCGGUUCGGCAACCCGGACCGUUUCCCUCGCUACGUCUAUGCCGGAAGAGGUUCUCGCUCUGUGACCCUUCGCGAACUCACCUCGGGAGUGACCUAUGUGGUCUGUGUGGAAGGAGUAGUUGGCGGAUUUGUGUGCCAUGUGGCACCACGUGACCACUGUGCAGGACUGGUCACCCUCCCCGAGGUGGCCAGCCGUCAGAGCAGUACUUCUCUAACGUCUGACCUCCAGCUGGUGACCGUGGUGACACUGGUGGGAAAUGCUUUGCUGCUGCUGGUCAUCAGUGGCAUCUGGCUUGGGCGGAGCCUCAGAAAGAGGCUGCAGAAGAGGAAGUCAGCCGUUCACGUGCGACACAUGUACUCCACGAGGAGACCGUUCCGUCCCACAGUGGCAGCGACCUCCGUCUCCACGGACUUUACCAGCUACCAGAGCAGUCGAUCAGCUCGUCUUGCUCCCCUGGAGGAAGGAGACCUGAUUGAGUUCCCUUGUGAUCGGUUUUUAGACAACUGUGGUGUUCGCAGAGAUGGCAAUAUGCAGAGAUUCUCUGACUAAAACAAAAAUACAUGGAAAUGCACGGUAUAGAAAGAAAUAUUUGAUUUUGACCAAGUUGAAUUCUUUGGAAAAACCCCAAAACAAAACAAAACAAAACUGUUUUUUACUGUAUACACCCUGCAAAACCAGACCAGGAACAUUUGUUUUUGGUUGACUCUAUUUACUGAGAACAAUUUCCUUCAGCUGUAACACAGCUAAGCUCAUAAUGAUCAUUUCAGACUCCAAAGGAAGUCCAUUUUUUUCAGACUUCCUUUUUCCUUAAUGAGGCCUUUUCCUCUGUCAUUUCCUUGCACCUGAGAAUGUCUCAACAUAUGUGAUUUUUUUUAUGAGUGGAUGUGUGCACAUAUUGGAUGUUGUACCACUGAUUUCAGCGAUGGUGCUAGUACCCAGUUCACAGACAUGAUAUUGUCUAAUAUUUGUACAGUGUGUGAUGAGGGCUGCUGGUUGGCAGAGAAACACCUACUGUUUGUAUUAUGUUUUAUACGUUUUGUAAAAACAACUAUGUCAUUUCAUAUUAUGCAGAAAACAAAACAAAAAAAAGCACAAGGAAAUCAGUAUGCACACUGGAUUUCCUGUGUGGACAAGUGCGUACACCUCCAGAUUGCGCAUAAACUAGUUGCUGGGAGCAAAUGUCUCCAACAAUAUGCCUAAAUUGCAAUGGAAGCAUUUGUGGACAAUUUAAUUAUGUAUGAUAUAUUUUGUGUCUAUAUGUAUUGAUUUAUUUGGCAAAGCAAAAGAAGUGUAAAUUUCUAUACCCACAUGGGACAGGUGAAACACAUGUUGGAAGAGGACAGGUUUGAUAUCUGGACUCUGUGGUCUCUUUUUUUUAUUUUUCAUGUAAUGCCAUACUGUAACCUUUAGGCAAUCAAAGUCCAUUCAUGUUGACGAUACUGCUGAAAACUAUUAAUAUUUUAAACAUCUGUCACUCAGAGCUUAAAUGUAGACUACCGUUUGUAUUUCAGAAGGUGGAACAAUAAAUCUAAAGGUUUAAAGGAAAA